UAAAACAAACAUGGCGGCUGCCAGGGCGGUGGGUCCUGUCGUCAAGUGGAAUCUUACCUGAUGGUCAAACGUCACUUGUUCACAACUUGAACCUUUGAAGUUCUCAAAUGCAAGUUAGUAUGAGUUCAGAGAUGUCAGUGGUUCCAACCCCUCAAGGGGCAGUGGGUAAAAAGGGCAACAAGAAACUACAGUAUCAGCAGCAGCAGCGUGAGAGGCGCACAGAGUGUAUCCUGUGUCGAGUGUCCUUUCCAAGACGUGAAGCACAUGAGCACGUGCAUGGGAUGCAGCACCACAGAGAGCUGGAGUCAGUGCUGGGCAGGGAUGUGUUCCAUGAAUGCCAGGCGUGUAAGGUGUGCGACAUGAGUUUGCGCGACUACACCCAGCACAUCUCCACUCCGCUACACAGAGCAAAGUUGCAGGGCUUGAUGUCUAGAAACACAAAGCCUCUUCCUCUGGUUAAGACUCUGAGCAAUGAAGCAAUCGCCCGGAUCCUAGAGAGAAACAAGAUGCUGAGGAAAGAGGAGAAGAAACAAAAGGGAAAGAAGAAAAAGAAACAGAAGCAGAUCGCGGCUCAGAAGCGUGUGGAGGAGGUACAGGGAUCCACCAAGAAAAGCUCUGUGGCCUCCAACGUGGUGAAGAUACAACAAUCCAAAGAAGUGAACCAACAGACACAGCAACAGAUGCAGCAAACCCUCCAGAAAGGUAGAAGCAAUGUUGUUGUCCAAAACAAGGAGAACAAAGUGCUUAGUGUGCAAAGACCUGUUUGGAGAAGUGAAAUGCCUCCGCCGAAUCAAAGUGCAAGACUGGCCGGUCCUUUGGGACCACCUGCUGGCAGACCUUGGCAUCGCGAUCAUGUCAGCGAACAGUUCCAACAGCCGGGUUGCCACAUGAGUUCCAACACAAUGUGCCAGAUGAGGUACAGUGACAACUUUUCUGUCCACAACCAGCAUGUGAAUGUGGAGCACUCACAAACAUGGAGAGCUGUUAACAGACCACCAAAUUACUAUGACGGUGGCAGGCCUGACUUGUCUGAGCAAAGGACAUGGCCUGACAAACGCCACUAUGAUGACUAUUACAGCAGGCAGUAUAGGGGAGCCACCAUGUUUGAUAACAACCAGAAUGAGUGGCCUAGAUUUCCUCAACGGGGACAAGAAAGUUCACAUCGAUUCUCUAGUCCUGCUCCAGCGAACAGAUCCUCCGGUGCAGCUCCGCUCAUGGAUGUCGACGUCAUUAAGAUGUUGAGGCAAAUCAGAAGAACGCUGGGUGUGAGGGAGCCAUGCAGAGCAGAUCGUGAAGCCAGGAGGCAGAACGUUGAGGCAAGUGACCAGGUGGUUGAUCGCAGCACCACACAACAGGCUGGAGCCGCGGAAGGUCAACCUUCAGGUGCUGCAAGUACAUCUGUGCCAUGUCCACAGGUCGCCACCUUUGUACCUGAAGCACCGACUGAUGUUCGUCCUCCCAAUGCUGCUCCUGCCACACCAAAACAGACCACUGUCGAAGUAACGCAAGAAAUGACCGGAUGCGCAGGCAGCGCCACAUCCUCUGAGCAAAGCAGCCCCAGGGUUCGAAUCGCCCAUGAACCAAGAAGAAGAAGUCCGGCUGGGAAGGAGGCUGGACGGAAAUCGCUCAACUCAUCAGGGGCCAAGAACAAGCUGAGCUGGAGUGAGAUGUACAACAAGAGGAAAAGAGAGGGGUCGGUCAGCAUCACAAGAACUCCCAGGUCAAGAAUAGAGUCGUCGAACCCUCCACCUGAACACAGACCGGACUCUGACCUGCCUCUGUCCGAAGGCUUCCAGUGGGAGUCGAUCCCAGUCAGUCCUUCAGAGACCCACUUGACUUUGCCGCCGUCAGCCCAGGACACGACCGAGAUCGACUCCCACAGGGACGAACAGUCGGGGUCUUUGAUGCAGGAGCCUGGCUCAUCAGGUCAGGGUGCGGGCAGUCCCACAGUACCAGCAGGCCCCGUCCAAGCAGAGCCAAGCGGGGAGCUUGAGAACGGAGGUUUGAGUCGAGCCAAAAAGAGGAAGCAGCACAAGGAUGAUGACAUUUCUGUAAAGGAGACAAAAAGAAAAAAGAAAAGAACAAAUUCAAACAAAGAUCAGGGUCUCAUGGACCAGCUGCUGGCCGUGUCUCUGAGGGAGGACGAGCUGAGCCACUCGCUGCAGGAUUUGGACAUUUCUCUGAUCCAGGCUCGAAACGCGCUGCAGGUGGCCUACGCAGAGGUCCAGAGAAUUCUGUUUCUGAGACAGCAGUUUUAUGCCGAGGUCAACACUCUGAGAGCAAAACGCAUUGAGAUCCUGCAGGGGAUGCAAGGAGCGUCUAACAUAACCACUGUCUCAUCAGCAGGCGCCGAUGCUCCCCUGCAACCAAGACACUGUCCCCCUCCUUCCUCUAGUGCCUCCUUGGCUUCCUCCAGCCAGCAACCGUCUGCCACGACAGUAAAGGAAGAAGCCACAGCUUCACAGGCCAGACCGUUUGUCUUCUCCAGCACAGACGCACCUCACGUACCUCUGAACCAACCUGUGCCUUCAUUUCCCUCUGAGCUUCCCCCCCCACUGCUGCUCGGACCCUCACACCCAGCUGCUCCCACCACCUCUGCUGCUGCUGCAGCCUUGACGUCAGCACUAGUCAAUGAUGAUGGGAACGAGAGCGCCGACUCCGGGAAAAUGAUGGAGCCCUCCGACCCGGUGGUUAUCAACAUUGAUGAAUCGGACGACGAGGACUUACCCGAGGGGGUCCCGGAUGGUUCAGCUCAUCCAGAGCAGCAGGUCUCAGGUGUUGAGCUGAGUUCUGCCAGCACACAGACGUUUCCGCAAAAGGAGGUUGACAGAAAGAUUAAGAUUUCUUUGCCAGUGAAAGCUGCCAAAUCUCCUGCAGUGUCUGUUGAGGAUGAGGAGGAGCCGUCGCUGGGGGAGUUUCUGAGUCACGCCGGGCCCGUGCACGGCAUGCAAGUCCACAGGCGCCUGUUGUUCACAUGUUCAGGGGACAACACAGCACGAGCCUACUGUCUGAGGACCAGGGAGAGCAAAGCCGUGUUCCAGGGUCACACCAACAAAGUCAACUGCCUGCUGGUGUCAAUCCUCCCCCACUCCCCGACGCCUCGCCUCUACACCGGAUCAAGUGACCAGACCAUCCGCUGCUACAGCGUGAAGUCAAAGAAGUGUCUGCAGCAAACCUUUUUAACAGACAGAGUGCUGUGUUUGCACAUAGCCUGGAACACUCUGUACGCUGGACUCGCCAAUGGAUCAGUCGUUAGCUAUGAUUUAAGGACCCUGAGGCAGCUCGAUGUGUUUGAAUGCCACGGCCCUCGAGGGGUGAGCUGCAUGGGCACGGCGCAGGAGGGCGCCCGCCGGGUGCUGCUGGUCGGCUCCUACGACAGCACCAUCAGCGUACGGGACGCCAAGACCGGCCUGCUGCUGCGCUUGCUGGAAGGUCACACCAAGACGGUUCUCUGUAUGACGGUGGUGAACGACCUGGUCUUCAGCGGCUCCUGUGACACAUCCGUUCACGCCCACAACUUCCAUACGGGGGAGUUGCUUCGUGUCUACAAGGGUCACGGUCACGCCGUCACCUCAAUCGUCAUCUUGGGGAAGGUGAUGGUGACGGCCUGUCUGGAUCAGAUGGUCCGCGUUUAUGAGCUACAGUCCCACGACUGUCUGCAGGUGUACAAGGGUCACAGUGACAUGGUGAUGUGCAUGACCAUUCAUAAGAGUGUGAUCUACACAGGCUGCUACGAUGGCAGCGUUCAAGCUGUGAAGCUCAACUUGCUGCAAAACUACCGCUGCCUGUGGCAGAACUGCUCUCUUAUUUUUGGCAUGGAGGAGCACCUACUGCAGCAUCUUGUCGGCGAUCACAGCAAACCCAAUCUGCAGAUGGCGAAAUGUCGCUGGAGAGGCUGCGACAAGUUCUUCUCCACUCAACAGUCGGUUCAACAGAAGCUUCCUGACCACAUGCAGAACCACGUGAAAAACGACAGUUAUACACAACCGGAGCCAAGGUGAAGUGGAGUGUCAUCCAUGAAUACAGUUCUCAUGUUGUUUCAGGAUUUCUUUAGUUGUUUCUUUACAUUUGUUCAGCAUCUCAGCCUCUAAUCCCUUCUUAAAAGAGGUGUGAACUCCACUUGAUCACAUGAAGCUGUUUCGUGAAGAGGGUCAAGACGUGCCGAGACGUUCAGGGUCAAACUGAACUCUUUCAGUCUCUAAUUUACCAGCAAUUCAACUUUAUUUCUUGAGCCAAAUAAUUCAUUACCCUUUUUUGUAAAUACAUGACCUGCGGGUUUAGACACCAUAGAAUGUACAGCACUUAAUACGCCUCUUCAGAACUGGCAAAUGCAAAGCAACUAUGCAGCACUGAUAUAAAAACCUCAGUAUGUUUGAGAAGCAGCUCAUCUUGUCAAUUAAAGUUUAAGCUGCCGUGUUUUGCUUUAUAUUGACAAUUGGCUCUAAAGUGGAGGUUGUGGGUUUUUGUUUGACUUGAGUAUUUGAGGUAAAGGAGAAAGAAUGAAAGCUGAACAUGGAUCAAAUUAGAUGAAAUCUCAUCCAUCGGUAACUGGUAACUCCCUCGUCCUAAUCUAUUCUCUCUUCAUCAAACCGAACUGAAUUAUUUCUCUCAUUGAAGAUUUUUUGAAGAUAAUCAGACUUAACUUGCUGGUUCACUUCAUUCUUUCUUGAACGAGCUGUUCAGGUUAUUAACUCCAGAUUUUAAAAUCUAAAGGCUGAUAUGGAACAACCUUUAGUUUACAUAUAAAAUUAUUUCAGGUUUGUGUUUUUCAUUCAUUUCUUCCUUAGACUCUUGUGAGAACUUGAUCAAUAUCACAAUUAAUUAAAUCCUGAUGUGGUGACUUGAGGUUUGGUUAUUGAAACAUUUUGAAUUGAAUGUGGAAAUUGUGUUACUUUACACAUUUAUGGGAGAAUUCCUUUUGAGGAAACCCUCUUGUCCUCUAAGUGACUUUAUAAAACACAUCAUCUUUCUGAGUGAUGGAAGAAAGAAGUGACAGUUGAUAGAUUUAUAGUUUAACUUGAACAAGGCUGUAUUCAUGAUAUGGUCUGUAUUUCACCUCACUCACAUAAAAUCCAUACUGUAAGUGUACAGCAAUAAAAAGACAAAUUGCAUUCACA